GCAUUUAAAGAUUAAGUUUUUCCGGUUCUUUAUUACUGUUGACUGAAGCGCUUGAUUGUUUUUCAAAAAUAAGUGAAUAUCAGUCACUCAAGCUACUUCCAUUCAACAAACUGCUGGGCUGGCAUACCGAUUUUGGUCAGCCCGAAAGUGAUACCUAAAGAAGAUUAGAAAAAUCAGGGCGGUGGAAAGAUAGCAAAAUUACUCAUCGCUUUGAAGUAAGCUGAACGUUGUACUAGAAAGAGUGUCGAAGAAAAUUCAUCGAAGCGGAAGACUAGCAGCACUGGUUCCAAUCGAGUGAACAUAAGUGAACACAUCAUCAAACUUCAAGUUCGUUGUAAAAGAAUCCAACGAAGUAAAUUCGUAUGUACAAGUGUCAAAAAGAAAAGAAAAAACUUGGGAGCUGGUAGUUGUACAGUGAGUGUUGUGUGAUAACAUAAAAGGAGCUAGUUGUACAAAAUUUAAAAUAUUUCCUUGAGUGAAGUGCAUUUUUAGUUUUUACUAUAGUUCAUUCAUUUACUGUGUACGAUUAAUAGUACGUAAAAUUCCAAAGUAGGAGUACAUCACAGUAGCGAUCGACACAAAUCGGAACACAACACACUUCACAAGAAAAUGGCAGAUGUGGAUGAUGUGAUAAGUGACCAGGAGAAGAUUCGUAUCGUGAACGAUUUCAUCCUGCAUGCUCCUCCGGGGGAGUUUAACGAAGUGUUCAACGACGUUCGGGAGCUGCUGAACGAUGACCGGCUCCUGAAGGAAGGUGCUAGUGCAGCAUGUGCCCAGUACAACAAAGAUCAGCUUACGCCCGUGAUUCUGGAGGGCUCAGAACUAGCCGUAUUAGUCACAGAGUUCAACGAUCUUGGUGGUGGCCGGUUCUUCGACCCGCGGACGAAACAAAGUUUCAAGUUUGAUCACCUUCGCAAAGAGGCCUCCGAUCUGCAGAAUCAUGAUGGCGAUCACAUUUCGGAGCAAUGGCGCGCGAUGCUUGAUAUCGAAUCGCUGACCUAUAGUGCGAACCAUUAUCGCAACGGAUCCUGUUCCACCUACGGCCGCACCAGCAAUGGACAGAUCACGUUAAAUGUGUGUAUCGAAGACCAUCAAUUCCAGCCGAAAAACUUUUGGAACGGACGGUGGCGUUCGGUGUGGUCCAUUACAUUUCCAGCAACCGGAGGUGGUACGGCUGAACUCAAGGGGAUGCUCAAACUGCAAGUGCACUAUUACGAGGAUGGCAACGUGCAGUUGGUUUCCUCGAAGGAUUGCCGCGAGUCGGUUGUCAUUACAAACGAAGCUGCCACCGCCAAGGAGAUUAUACGACUGAUUGAAGAGAAUGAGCACGAUUACCAGACGGCAAUAUCGGAAAACUACCAGACGAUGUCGGACACGACGUUUAAGGCGUUGCGGAGACAGCUCCCAGUCACAAGAACAAAAAUCGACUGGAGCAAGAUUGUGUCGUACAGUAUCGGCAAGGAACUGAAAACACAGUAAUCGAGCAGUUUCGAUUAAAUAUGGGGGAAGGCAAAGUCCAAUGGAUGCGCUUAACAUGAAACAAAAUAAAAAAAUACGCAACACACAGUGCAUAGGAGAUCGUAUUCCGCGCUGCCGCGGUCUAGUAAAAAUAACAAGCACGAGAGUGUUACCGCGCAGCGCAAGAUUAGCCAGCAGAAAAUUGUAACAUAUUCAACAAUUGUUUCCAAAACGCAAAAAUAUUUAAAACAGCAACAUCGUCUUUUUACAAUAAACGUACGCAACAACAAAAAUCAAACAAUGUCACUCACACUAAAUUAUGCGGAAACCUGCACUGAAUAAGGCCCGAUUGGCGUAAGAAGAGUCCAUUUACGUUCAGUUAUUAAGACUUCGUUUUUUGAAAAUUUAUAUUUGCAUUUGUUCUACCUCUGCUACUCUACAGAUGUCAGAAGAGAUGAAGUGUCUAGACAAUCUCGUUCGAUACCCAUUAAAAUCCACAUGCCUCCCAACCAACAUGAAUCGAUUCCAUGGCUUACGUACACAAAUGCAUUUUCGAUAAGGCGAACGUAGAGUACUAACUUUAAUUUGGGAAAUCGAAAAUUUGCUUAUGCCAAACGGGAAAAGCCCAAUAAAAACACUCCUAUAUGACAACUAAAGCCAAUUUAUCUCCGAAAUGCAAGGCUGGACAAACACCGGGGAAGAAUAUUGCUGUAAAUGCAUCGCUCUAGGGAUAGGAAAGAAAGUUAAUCUAGUGAGCAGAUAUAAAAAUCCGAAUUCAAUUAUAAAACGAACAAGAAAAUUAAUACUAACAUAUUACUACACACACACACAUACCUAGGACAAGGACAACUCGAAUUCAUCGGCGUUUUGCUCGGUGGAAAGACCUUUUUUAUUAGAUACAAAGUUACGCGUUUACGCGGUUCAACACCGUGCAAGUGUAUUCAUUUGAGUAUAUCAAUCGAUUAGAAGCUGCAGGAAUGCUGCUGCAGAGUAACAUAGUUUAUAAAAAUAGCUACGGCAAAAAUCGCCAGAGGUGUUAGUCAGCAUGCAAUUUGAUUAGGCGACAGUUAAUGCGCUCAAUAGUUUAAUGUUGUAGUUUACAACCCUCAACAGUGACAACGCACCCGUCCCUUAACACCUACCAUGGUUUGGUUUUAUUUUUUUCUCCUUACUUCUCUUAGUAUACCCAACCAGUAUCGGUGCUGCAUUCAGAAGAUGCUCGACUGGGGGAGCCCACUUAGCGACAGACAGCAUGAAUUGAAAUCAAUACGUAUAUUGACGACGUGGAUUUCGAUCAAACUAAAACUAGCCGUUUGUUUCAGAAAUGUGAUUGAUUAAUUAAACAAACUUGUUUUUAGCAAAAUCAAUGUGCAUCUUCGCGUCUCUAUUCAUGGCAAGUUGUUUUACAUCCUUUCAAAUAUUUGAGUGCGGUGAUUUCUAGUUGAAAUGUACUCGUGUAUACAUGCUAUUUCAGUUUCCAUCUUAUUUCUUCGUAUUCAUAAGUAAUAUUACCGGCCUUAUUCUUGUUUACGACGUGUCAGUUUUAUGAUCGAUUCAAGAUGGUAUUCGUACAUGCGCUAGCCAAAUCGCAGAGACGAUUGAUACGAUCUUAUCUGAUGCGAAAAAAAAUAUAAUAGGACUUAUUCAGUAAUAAAAAAUGUAUCACAGACAUACAAUUUUCCAAACGAACUGAAUAGUGAUCGAAUGUAAUAGGAACAGUUUCACUGUAGGGUAUGGUAAAUCCAUGUAUCCUUGAAGAAGUAUGUAUGCUAGUAACAUUUCACAGUCAUAGCUUGUUCCUGUAGAAUCCCUAAGGAUGUGGAAAGAAAGUGGUGCAUCGAAGCAUGCAGCAAUCCUCACUCCCGAAAUCAGAAGCAAACAGAACAAAAAUGGUGGUUACAAGUAGGACCACGUGCUGCGCAACAAACAGUAGUUAUGUUAACCAGAAACGAGAACAUUUCAUUCUUAAUCAAGAAUAAGAUAUAAGCAAAAAUUCAAGCCACGUCUGAAAGCUAAUCGCGUACAACAUAAACACGGUCUUACAAUUAGGCAAGCAAAGCGAAAAAGUAAUAAAAAAAACAAUGAAUCGAUAAAUUAACGCUAAAAUAUGAGAAAACAAUUCAGACAAACAUUUACGCUGACACACGCAGCUGUAAUGAAAAUGUUAGGUUGAAGCAGAUGAACAAUGAAUAGAGGCGUUCCACGCAAAUUCGCGGAUGGAUCCGAAGUGAAUUUUUCGGCUUUGGCUGAAAAGUUAAAUAUUUAUUUACUAUAAGAAAAUAAGUUCCUUCAAACUGUCAAUUUGCGCCAUUUUUGAUUAUGGUUUUAUAUUUUUAAAGCGCAUUUAAAAAUAAAUUUUAAGGAAACUUGCAAUUUCAAAAAUAUGUAUCGUAAGAACUGUUUAUAACAUUGAAAAACUGCCCUCGGCAUAUUUGGUCAAUUUAAGGUGAUGCACAAAAAAAUUAUCUUGGUGUUUUCCUUAGAAAAGUGACAUUUUGCUAAUCUCUAUUUUAUUGUACUAUUUCCCAAAGUGCUCACGUUUGUGAGCAUUACUAUAAAAUUUAUUCGAACAAUUAAACCUGGGACAUAAAAGUUUUGUCUAUGUUAUUUCCUAUUUUCAUGUAAUGUUUUUACAUCUAAAUUUUGAAAAGACAAAAGAUUUAAUGCUACCUGCUUUUGUUUUCAUAUCCAACCCAUAACAAAAUGUUGCGAAUAAAAUUUAUACCAUACAGAAGUCAAAGUGAAAAUUAUUUUUAUGCUAUUGUGUCUGCAACUUUGUUAUCCUGUAGUUGUUCAAAUACACUCUCUCCUUUGAAAUAUAAAAUAAAAUUUAAAAUGGCAAGCGGUGUGAAACGUCCUUAAGAAGUCAUGGUGAAUGAGUACGUAAAUUUUCAGCCGAACUUCGAGAAAGUCGAAACGAAAUUUUUAUUUAUAUUGUUCAUUUGCCAUGGAAUGCCUCAACAGUAAAAUGAUAAACAGUAACGCAACACAUGCAAGAUGCGCUGAGUAAUUAUGAGGAAAAUAAAAACUUGAAAACAAGGUAAGAAAAAAAAAAC